ACAGAAUUGGUGAGCGUUGACGACCCCCGCCUCCAAGUGCUUCUGAAAGUGCUGAAGAUCGCUUGGGGAGCGCGAACCCGCCAACCGUGGGAGGAUGAAGCGGUUUUCCGUUGUGUUCCUCCUGUUCGUGAUGCUUCUGACUGAGAACUUCACAGUGGCUUCAAUCUAUACUUUCUAUGAUGGUGAGAGCACCUCAGGAAUAACACCCGACUGCAAACAGUAUUCCCUUCCAGGAUGUCCAAGAAACUUAAACCCUGUAUGUGGAACAGAUUCCAUAACCUAUGGCAAUGAAUGCCUACUUUGUCAGAAAAUUAGGGAAGAGAACCAGAACAUUCAAAUCAAGUGGAGAGGAGUGUGCUGAUGGUUCAGCAGAUGCAAAGAAAAUACGGCUGAGAGAAAACACUUUAAAAUGGGAGAAUCACCUGAAACUUUAGCUUUUACUUUUCAAGUUUCAUAAAUUUUCUUGACUCUCUUCCCUACUGUUUCCCGGAAGAUUUAUUACUAAGAUCUAUUUGAGGAGGGGAUGUGGGCAAUUAGGCUUUUCAUAUCCCUGUGGUUUGUUUGUUUCGCUGGGUCUCUCUACUGCGGCUGUAGUUAAGAUCUUAUCUGCCCGAUAGUUUCUGCGCUGUCUCUAAGCCUGAAUAAAACCAGCAUUCCGCUGCAAUGUGA